CAGCGCGCUGCUGCACCUCGUGCUGUAAUAUCGCCCUGCUACUACGCGAGGCAGCCGCGGGCCUUGUCCUGCGAGGGGGUUGGGUAGGUGGUGCCGGAUUGGUGCAGGUGACGUUUGUGUGUGUGAGGAAUCAUUGAGGGUUUGGGGGCAAGCGCGAGCUGCAGUGAAGAGUUCAGGAUCAGCUUCAGAAGAGGUCAGCAGGAUGGCGCCCCGGCGGGAUCGCGUGUCAUGUGGCCUGGAUCUGACUGCUGUGCCAGAUGUGCCAAACAGCAUCUCCGAGGCUACCGAGGCCGGGUACCAGUUUGUGUUCAUGCCCAUCGUCCACCCGCGCUACCGGCGCGAGUUCAUAGGUGGCAGUCUGAAGGAGCGGAACACGCCAUUCACGCGCUCCGACAUGGUGCUCAGCAACGCAGACUGGAACACGCUGGUAGUGGGCAAGCUGUCGGCGCACCUGGACCUGGACUCGGCGUCGGACACCGUGCGCCAGCAGUCGGAGGCGGCGCUGGCCGAGGAGCUGUCGUUCGCCGCGCACUUGACCCUGCCGGCCGUCACCCUGCGCCUGCACCGUGCCAGGAACAUGAACCUGGCGCGCCACCUCUACAGCAGGGUGGUCAACAGCUGCUCCUACCAGAUCUGGGUGCAGGUGCCGCUGCGCUCGCCGGCCGCGGUGCAGCGCCAGUACCGCAGCGACAUGCCAGAGGGGGAAGCCGACGAGCCGGAGCGCGACGACACCUGGCUCUGGUGGGACCGGCUGCGGAACGCCACCGGCACCGAGGCGCGCCUCGGCGUCUGUCUCCAGGUGGGCGCCGACCUGCCGGAGUCCCGCUGCCUCGACCGGUGGAUGGGUGAGCCCAUCAAGUGCGUCAUGCUGCCCGCCGACGUCUUCAUCACCAACAAGAAAGGCUUCCCGGUGCUGACGCGCGCUCACCAGGAGCUGAUGAAGUGCAUGAUGCGGCUCAAUUGCCAGUUCGUGGUGACGGGUGCCAACCGGCACCAGCACGUCAAGCACUACUGGCAGUAUCUGAACCACCUGUACCAGGUCAGCGCGUCCGACAGACGGGUCGUCGACCCCUGGACUCCAGACGCGGUGUUUCUGGAGGAGUCCAACAACCCGCUGUCGGACUUCGCCAUCGGGUACGAGGACUACCUGCAGUGUCCGCUGCAGCCGCUCAUGGACAACCUCGAGUCGCAGACGUACGAGAUAUUCGAGAAGUGUCCUGUCAAGUACACCGAGUACCAGCGUGCCAUGCACCAGGCUUUCCUGGACCGGGUGCCGGAGGAGAGGAAGGACCAGGACACCAUAGUGGUGAUGGUGGUGGGCGCCGGCCGAGGGCCUCUGGUGCGGGCCGCCUUCCUGGCCGCCCGGCAGGCAUCGCGCACACUCCGGGUCUACGCCGUCGAGAAGAACCCCAACGCCGUCGUCACGCUCCGGACGGCUGUGGAGGAGGAGUGGGGCGACAGCGUGGUGGUGGUGUCCUCGGACAUGCGGGAAUGGAAGGCGCCGGAGAAGGCGGACAUUCUGGUCUCGGAGCUGCUCGGCUCGUUCGGGGACAACGAGCUCUCGCCGGAGUGCCUUGACGGCGCUCAAAAGUACCUGAAAGAGGACGGCAUCAGCAUACCCCAGAGCUACACGUCCUUCCUGCACCCGGUGCAGUCGCCCAAGCUGUACAACGACGUGCGCGGCUGCCGCGAGAAGGACAAGCCGGCCGUCACGCCGUUCGAGAUGCCGUACGUCGUCUACCUGCAGAACGUGCUGCGCAUCGGGCCGCCGCAGGAGCUGUUCAAGUUCCACCACCCGAGCACAGACGAGGUGGCGAACAACAACCGCUUCAAGUCACUGGAGUUCGAAGCCGAGCAAGACUGCACGGUGCACGGGUUUGGCGGGUACUUUGAGUCGGUGCUGUACAAGGACGUCAUGAUCAGCAUCCAUCCACAGACCCACUCCCCCGGCAUGUUCAGCUGGUUCCCCAUCUUCUUCCCCAUCCGGGAGCCGAUGGAGGUGAAGCGGGGCGAGCGGGUGGAGGUCAGCUUCUGGCGGCUCUCCAACAGCAGGAACGUCUGGUACGAGUGGGCGGUCGGCUCGCCGCGAACGCUGCCGAUCCACAACCCCAACGGCCGCUCCUACACCAUCGGGCUGUGAGCGCCGCCGCCGCCGCCGCCCGGCCUUUCUGCCUCUCUCCCAGCGGGCCUCAGCUCACCCGCCCCGUCAGACGGCGCCAGUUCACCGCCGGCCGGGCUCUCACUCUCCGCCGGGCGUCGGCCAAGUGCGUCGGUUGUCGCCCGGAACGGCCUCGGCGCGGCAGCCGGCUCCGUGGCGCCGCGACCGGGCCGCAUCGGCCGAUGGCAGCUGGCUCCGGGCUGCCGAGGGGAUAGAGCGUCUCCGCUCCACCGUGACAGUGGAGGGGAGGCGCUUGUGGUUCGGACGUCGCUGGAAGCCUCGACUGGACUGCCACCGAACCGUGGAAUUUGUCUCGCGGCGAGUGAGAAAUACAUCGCAUUCAUUUUCA